AUGGGUAAAAAAAUUGUUUACAAUAUAUCAAGCGAUUUCCAACUGAAAUCUGUUUUAGGAGAAGGUGCAUAUGGUGUUGUCUGUUCAGCUAUACAUAAGCCAACAGGUGAAAUAGUGGCAAUUAAAAAAAUCGAACCAUUUGAAAAACCUUUAUUUGCUCUAAGAACAUUACGUGAGAUCAAAAUUUUGAAACACUUUCAACAUGAAAAUAUCAUAUCAAUAUUUGAUAUACAGAGACCUGAUUCCUUUGAAAAUUUCAACGAGGUUUAUAUCAUUCAAGAAUUGAUGCAGACGGAUCUACACAAAGUCAUCCAGACACAGAAUCUGACAGAUGACCAUAUACAAUACUUUAUAUAUCAAACUUUACGUGGUGUUAAAAUGAUUCACGGAUCAAAUAUAAUCCACAGAGAUUUGAAACCAUCGAAUUUACUGAUCAAUUCAAAUUGUGAUUUAAAGAUAUGUGAUUUUGGAUUAGCAAGGAUAUUAAAUGAGACAAAGGAUAAUAGUAAUGGUAAUGGUAAUGGCAAUGGUAAUGUAAGCGGCAACGGUAAAGAUCCAGAUUCCACCAGGUAUAAUAGUGGCAUGACAGAAUAUGUUGCGACUAGAUGGUAUCGUGCACCAGAAGUUAUGUUAACAGCAGCGAAAUAUUCAAAGGCGAUGGAUAUAUGGUCAUGUGGAUGUAUAUUAGCAGAAUUGUUUAAUAAAAAACCAUUAUUCCCUGGAAGAGACUAUAGACAUCAAUUAUUAUUGAUAUUCAGUAUAAUUGGAACACCGAAGACAGAUAGUGAAGAGUUAGAAUGCAUCGAAUCUAAACGUGCCCGUGAUUAUAUUGGCACACUGCCCCGAUAUCAAGCAGCAGAAGAUUGGGCCCAAUUUUUCCCCACUGCAAAUCCAUUAGGUAUAGAUUUAUUACGUAGAAUGUUAAUAUUUGAUCCACGCAAACGUAUAACUGCUUCAGAGGCAUUGAAACAUCCAUAUUUGGUUACAUACCAUGACCCAAAUGAUGAGCCUGAAGGUGAAGCAAUUGGGCCUAGUUUCUUUGAAUUUGAUUAUUAUAAAGAUGUAUUGACUACAAAAGAUCUUAAAAAACUGUUAUGGAACGAAAUUUUUCAUUAA